CUAAAAUACCAUUAUUUUCUCUCUUUUGCUAGUUUCUUUUUUUUUGUCUUGGUUUUUGUUCUCUUCUCCUUCACCUAUCUCCAUUGCCUGCAGCCAUGGUGGCAACCCUCCAACCCGACCAGCUCAAGCAGCUCAAGGAUAUCUUCAUGCACUUUGACAUGGAUUCUGAUGGCAGCCUGACUCAGCUGGAGCUCGCCGCACUUCUUCGCUCUCUCGGUCUCAAACCUUCAGGCGACCAAAUCCAUGUUUUGCUAUCAAAGAUAGAUGGAAAUGGCAAUGGAUAUGUUGAGUUUGAUGAAUUGGUUACCGCUAUAUUGCCUGACAUGAAUGAAGAAGUCUUGAUCAACCAGGAGCAGUUGCUGGAGGUUUUUCAAUCAUUUGACCGCGAUGGCAAUGGAUAUAUUACUGCAUCUGAGCUUGCAGGAUCCAUGGCUAAAAUGGGUCAUCCUUUAACGUAUCAAGAGUUAUCCAAGAUUAUGGGGGAGGCUGAUACAAAUGGAGAUGGUGUCAUUAGUUUUAAUGAGUUUGCAAAUAUCAUGGCAAAAUCCGCUGCUGAUUUCCUUGGCCUCGCCCUGUAGGCAUAGCCAAUGGGUCAGCGUCUAUACCCUAAUAUAGCCGUUACUUGAUUUCUCCUUUGUCACCAGUCAGAAUAUAUAAUCUUUGGGGAUUUCAAGAUUCAAAAAUGGCUACGGGGAUCUUACUUUUCAGAAAUGGUGAUGGAUGAUCCUAUUGACUUUUUCCUCCAAUGUUUUCUAUCAAUCGUUCUUUCUUUAUUUCUGUAUGUGUGUUUUAAUUUAGAGAUCUGGUCUUAGUAGGAUUUGAUUGGAGAAGGAGAGCUGUACAAUGAACCAUGCAUGUAAAAUGAAAUUGAACAUACACCUCAUUCCACUUUAACACA